GUUUGUAAGAGAAGUUCUCCGGCGUGGCCGGCAGCGUGACCUCUCAGUGUAAACAGACUUGCAGAUGAUCGUGUCGUCGGCGGAGGUGUCUGGCGCCGGCCGAGGGACAGACCUGUCAAGAGUAACAAUGAAUAUGGAGACCAGCAACAUGGAGGCUUCUCAUUCUUGUGUUGGCACACCACCUUCCCAGAUCACCUUGCCUGCAGGUGAUGCUUCAACGGGCAACCAGAAAAUGGAAGAGAUUUCAUUAGCCAACCAGAACAAUGAGUUUUUACCACCAAAGUGUCAGGAAAUUGAAGAUAUUAUGCCAAAGAGCUUGAAAAUGGGUGAGAUUGCAACAAAGACUCAACAAGAGGAAGACAUUUUCUUGAAUAAUGCAAACAUUAAUAAUAUUUCCUCAGACGCUCAGAAAGCCGAGUUUAUUCCAUUAAGUGAUAAAGGGAGCCAGACAGAACAAUAUGGAAUGGAGUUUAAAGACAAUUUUGAGCAGAAACAAAAUAUAGAAAAACAAAACAAUAUGACAAAUGAAGAAUCAAAUGAAAAAUCUAAGUUGACAAAAGAUGAAGAGGAAGACCUUAAAAGAUACAAUAGAAAAAUGCCCGAAGAUCGAUCUGCUCUGAAGAAGGACAAAAUUGAGGAACAUUUUGACAGGUUGCCAUGGGUGUUCGGAGCAAUAGGUCGUGUUCUUAACUUCGGUAUCAGCCAUGGACCUCAGUUUGCGCCUCUCAACAUCCCGUUCAGUCGACGUUUACAGACGUUGGCUGUUCUCUUUUGGAUGUCAACAUUUCUCUUCAUGGGUGCUGGUUCCCUCAUAUUUCUUAUUUACCUCUUCUUAUAUACAGAAUAUUGGUGGGUUUCCCUAUGCUACUUGACGUGGUUCCUUGGAGAUCGUACCAUCCGCAACAGGGGUGGCAGGAGGAUUGAGUGGGUGCGACGGUGGUGUUUGUGGAAGCACUAUCGAGAUUUCUUCCCAAUCCACCUUAUUAAAACUGCCGAGCUCGAUCCCUAUAAGAACUACAUUAUGGGAUACCAUCCUCAUGGCAUCCUCGCUGCUGGAGCAUUUUGCCAUUUUGCUACUGAAGGAUCAAACUUUAGUAAGACUUUCCGGGGCAUCACUCCUCACCUGCUUACAUUGGAUGGCCAUUUUCAUCUCCCCUUCUACAGAGAGUUCUUCAUGGCUUCUGGUGCUGUGAGUGCUACACGAGAGAGUAUGGAUUACCUGUUAGGCCAGGAAGGAAGUGGACGUGCCCUCUGCCUGGUGGUAGGUGGGGCAAAGGAGUCCCUGGAUUGCCAUCCUGGCACUGUCGUUUUGCACCUCAACAAACGCAAAGGUUUCUGCAAGAUGGCUCUCAGACAUGGUGCUUCGCUUGUGCCAAUGUUUUCUUUUGGUGAGAAUGAGAUCUAUGAUCAAGUUGCUAAUCCUGAAGGUUCAUUAAUACGUCGAAUUCAAAAUAAUCUUCAGAAAGUCAUUGGCUUGGCUCCGUGUAUGUUUAUUGGCCGAGGCGUGUUUCAAUAUAGCUUCGGCAUUGUCCCCUUCCGAAAACCUAUCUACACAGUUGUUGGCUCACCAAUUGAUGUACCCGUGGUGAAGAAUCCCACGAAGGAGCAGAUUGUGGGUUUACACGAAACCUAUGUCAAUGCAGUGAUUAGUCUGUAUAACAAGUACAAACACAAGUAUUCCGAAUACCCAGAAUGUGAAAUUAAGAUUGUUUAGAGGUUACAGUAUGGCCCUCCCUUUAAUUUUUAAGUGAUCGUGAACUCAUUUUUAAGCAUAAUAAAACACGCCAUUUAAUUCAUCUUACAUGUAAGAAGAUUGACUGCAGUCUAGGAACAUUUUAAGGACUAAUGGGUAUACUUAAUUCUAAGAUCUAUAUCUACAUGUAAUUGUGAUCAUCAUCUUGGGACCAUGAUUUUAAUAUGUUUACAAACUGCAAAAUUAAAAAAAAAAAAAGUAGUGAAUCUUAGAAAAGCCACAUAUGGUAAAUUCGUAAUGCCUUAAAUUCAAUAUGCCUUAAAAUUACAAAGAUAGGUUAUGUGAUGUAUUGUUUACCUAAUGCUUUAACCAGCAAAAGAAUUCUCAUUACAAUCAUGAAUAAAUACAGUGUGUAAUAUCUCUGAAAUUAAUGUGUGCUUUUAAUCACUUAUUGAUCAUCAUUUCCACUAGAUUCUUUGAUGCAUACUGAUUAGAACUAUAAAAUCCUGGAGAACUUCAUAUUCCACAUAUAAAUAAUUUAAAUUUUAUGCACUGAUAAUAUUUGACAGUAGUGGAAGACUGUGUUGGGUAGAUUGUGUUCUUAAUGCUAUGUUCAUGUUGCAAGUACAGUAGGACCUUUCAAAAAAAAAAAAAAAAAAAAAAAAAGACAGGUGAAAUAUAUUCUUUUAUCUUCUUGCUCUGUAAACCUUCGUUUCCUCUGGACCAUCCCCAUCUUGGAACACACAGCCAUAUGUUGAGUGUGUCCCAGACAUUUCACAGGCACUGAAAUGUUUGAACCCCCACAAAAAGUCAGACGAGGUUUCCUGUGCUAGUCUGGCUAUUGGAGGAGUUAAGCAGUCAAUACUGUAUAAUAAUUGAGAAACAAGAAAUGUUUGAAAGAGCAGAAGUGAAGAAAUAUGAAAAGAUAGAAAUAUAGAAGGGGAAGAACAAAACUGGAAAAUAUUUCUUCAAAUGAGGCUGUGUAGAAAAUUAUAUGGGCUACGAAAUUAUUGGACAAUUGAGGAAAGGGAAUUACCAAAGGGGGGCGAAGAGGUCCCUGCCACCUUAGUUUCCUAUAAUAAUACUUCCAUGGGUGAAAUAACUAUCGGUUUGCUUUACCAGGCAGUUCAAAUAACAGAUUAUCAUAGAUAAUCUGUUAUCUAUUAUCAAACUAACAAGGCUGUUUGGUGAAGUUUUAUAGCAGCACAAGCAACUUUUUAUAUACAUAUACGACACUUGAGUUCUGUUAUCAAUUCAGUUUCACUAUAACACACUUUUGCCACUUAUUUAAAGUAAAGGUGCUCUGACCUGAUAUUCCUUAAUCUAUAUAUAAUUUGCUAAACCAUUAUUAUUACUUUGAUUGGACAGUGUUCCUGUUUUUUCUGAAACAAGAUUGGCAUGUGUGCAGAGAUUGCUUAGAUACUUCAGCCCAUUUCAAAUAAAUGAUGAGUAUUCAAGUACUAUGUAACUUUUCUUUGAAAAGUACCAUAAGAAAAUGUUAAUGCAAGUACAGUAUAUCUUUUAUUAACUAAGCCCAGCUUGGUGCUUUCUUUUAAUAAUUACAUGCUUGUACAUGGAUUUUCUCGUGCUUGCUUGCUUUUAUUAACAAACCAAUAUGUCCGGUCAGACUGAAAACGAAGAAGCUAGUGUGGGAAGAAAGCACUCCUCCUAUAAUGAAUUUAGUGAUUGAACAGCAUGAUAUUUUAUUAAUCAUUCUAUGGAAUGUAAUACUAUAUUACUAAUCUGCAGUCAUGUGUGUGUCUGGAUUAUUGUAAAUGUUAUCAUACUUCAGUGUAAUUUAGAAAAAGGCACAUUCUGUGUCUUGGUGAAAAGCAAUAUACACAUUGGGAAGAUAUUGAAGCCAUGUUAUGGGAUUGAACUGGCUUCCUUGAACUCCUCCUCCUUGUGAUUUAAUUGUGCAACGUACACAUUCUUUAAUGUAAGGAAAUGCCCUUCGUAUAUGAAGACUAUUCCACCUCGUGUAUGUAACUGGAGAUUCACAGUCGAGGUGCUUAAAUGUAGUAAAUGCAGAACAAUUGAAAUUGUGCUAUACAAUUCCAUUUACAGCCUCUUAAUAUAUUCACCAUGUAACUAGACUCAUUCCUCGGACAGAAUCAUGUGUUGGAUGUUAGAAAAUACUUCAGCUCGGUUAACUUAUUUCCAUUUGCAAACGUAAACAAAAUUUAUUAACGUAUGAUUGCAUCAUGGAAAAAAAAUAGCACUAAAAAAGCAGUCAAUGCAACUAUCUGUUGUUGGCAAAGGUAUCGUAAUGCAUAUGUUUGUAAAGGAUUGAUCAUGGCAGUUUUUUCGUUUGUUUGUCUAACCACAUACAGUACUGUAUUAAGAUUCAUAUCCCUUAUCCCUUGUUUAUACAGUAUAAUCAAAUAUUGGGUACCUGUAUUCUUAUAUGGUCCUAAUUGUUUUGAAUAAAUUUCUGAUCAACAAUUACUUGGAACUUUUUGUAUUCCAAUUCUGAAAUGUCAUGCCUCGGAUAUAUUUAUUAAAGAAAUCGGUAAUUUCAUUGACUUUUAUAUUCAAAUUGGUUUUCUUCACAUUCAUCCAUAUUGAAUUUUUAUUAGUACUGUACCAUGAACUAUUCCAAAAAGAAUUUUAGAAAUUGAUAUUCCCUUAGUUCUAAAAAUGAAGUUAUUUAAAAAAUAAAGCUGUAAUGUAGUUGGUUAAGUUUUAAAAUGUAAAAUGUUAAAAUGCAUAUGCAAUAUCAGUGAUAAAAUUGGGCAAUGCAUUCUUGGUUAUAAGUAACUAUACCUGCAUGGCACUAUCCAAAUGUUAAGGUAGAGUAAGCUCAUUGUGACAUAAUUCCACUACCCACAUUGGUAACACCCUCCCCAUGCCCUUUUUCUCUUGGGAUUGUACUGCUAACUUCAUCUCUCAUUCCCUUCUAAUCUACCAGACAUAUGUCGCCCAUUUAGAUAUUCGUAACAGAACGGUUUCAUAGUUUUUCACACUGCUGUGUUUGAGUUCAACCAGAACUACAUAUUUUUAUCUUUGAAGUACUUUUCACUGUGUAGAAUUCAAAUAGACAAUAGUUCACAAUACUGUAGUAGCCAAGUGUUGUACUAAAAUAGAUGAGACAUAGAUAUAUCGAACAAAAUAUUUUUCAAAAGGCAUUUCUUAAACUGUCUAGAUUGUGUUGAAGAGAAGUGGUUGGCUUGAAAUUUUGUCUAGUAUUGCAUCUUUUUCAUUUGUCAGUUGUAUGAUUAUUGUAUUGUAAAUAGUUGAGUUAAAUGUUGUAUCAGUUAACAAGAUGUUUGUGCAUAUUACUUUGUACAUUUAAAUGUGGUGGUGUUAAUAUUUAGAACAGGUGAACUAGUAUGUAAAUUAUAAAUAACUUCAUAAUUAACUAUAAUUAUAGAAUUAUUUAUACAAAUUCAUACGAGUUUAAAUGUCAUAUUAACUGUGCAAUCUGUGAUGAAUUUCUAGUUUAUUAUUAUUUCUUCAAAAUCUGGAAUACUGUACAGUACUUGGAAUAUAGCAUGGGAGGAGAAAUUAUUUUAUAUUUUGUAAAUAUACACAUGCAUGUCCUCUAUAUUGAUGGCAGGCAGAGAUGACAUUUGAUUUUUAUUGUAUUGUAUUAUCUUCCUAUCAUUAGUGAUGCAUUUUGUAUUACGUACUUAAUUGAAGACAAAUUCUAAAAGGCUUAUCACAUUUUCCUUUGAGAGUUGGCUUUAUAUGUAUGAGUAGUUGACUACUUUUCUGCAAAUUACAAUUAGAUCCAACUAUCUUUGUAAAUUUUAACACCAAGUGAUGUUCCGCACAUUUAUUGUCAGUGGUAAUACACAAGAUGUAAACUGCUUUAUAGUGAAUGUGUUACAGAUGAAAGGUUCUGUGGGAUAGUUUACAAUUUGGCAUAUUUUGGAUGGUAAUAAAUCACUCUUGUUUUUGUCGCGUCACAUUGUACAAAGCCCAGUGUUCAUAAAACCUGCGCAACCCUCAUUUUUUCCAACAAUUUAUUUGUCGGUUUAGAAUUUUAGUUAAGAUUAAUUGUUAAUAUAAUUUUUUUGGUGCUACAAAUGUUCUGUAAGUGCAGGUAUAUGUUGCAACUAUGCAAGUUUGGUUCACUUUUAUCUUGUAUCUUGAGAAGUUUAUUAUUGUGUUCAUCUUUAUACUUGAAGUGUGGCGUGAGUGGUGCGCAUUUGUGAUCGGUUAUUGUCCAGUGAUAAGGUAUCUCUAGCACGAGAUGUUAUGGACAUCUGUUUGAAAUACAGGUUACUAAGACUAUUGUAAAAGUGUGUUUGUAGCCAGGAUGUACUUUUGUACCUAUGAUUGCAGCCAGAAUGUUCUUUUGUACCCAUCACUGCAGCAAAAUUGUACUUUUGUACGAAUGAUUGCAGCAAGAUUAUACUUUUAAAUUGUCACAAAUAUUAAUUGGUUUUUGGUUAAUGAAAGAUUAAGUUUUUCACAUAAAUUCAUGGGAAUGGUUUUAAGACUAAAUGUCGUAUAAUUUAAAUAAAAUUUAUAUAUAUAUAUAUAUAUAUAUAUAUAUAUAUAUAUAUAUAUAUAUAUAUAUAUAUAUAUAUAUAUAUAUAUAUAUAUAUAUAUAUAUAUAUAUAUAUAUAUAUAUAAUAUAAUAUAAAUAAGACACUUUUAGUCAUGUCAGUAACUCUAGAAAGAGUUUUAAGUACUUCCAGGGACUUGUAAAAGUCAAUAAUAUUGUGUAAUUUUUGCAUUGUAACGAAGGACGUUUAUGGAUGGUGUUGGCAGCUGAAGUAUCUUAUGUGGUUAUUUUAAUGCCAAGUCAUGUCUUUACGGCAUUGUGCCACAUUAAAUCAAAAUGGACUGUGAAAGAAUAUUUCUAUUUAAGUGUUGUGUGUGUUUGUAAUAGCCUCAAGUACUUGAAUGUUAGUAAGCAUACAGAAAUAUGAUUAUUACAAAAGAAGUCCCCUAUUCCUCAUGAAGUUAGAAAUGUUGAUCAUGCAUAUUGUAUGUGUGUAUGUAGGAAUGCACAUGGUGGUGAUAAUGUUGGUGCUAGUUCUGCUUCACACACCAUUUUCUUGUUAGACUCCUCAUUAAAGCAAGAACAAACUAUAAAGUUUAACAGUUACUCAAAUAACUGCAUUACCAUAUGGAUGCAUUCUAGUAAUGUUUUUUCUCUUUAAUAAAAUGAGAGUUUAUGCCUUU